AUAUUGUGGGAAAUGCCCCAACUUGGCAUCAUCAGCUAAACCCUAGAGAAUGAGGAGAAAACUCUGGAGAUAGAAGAGGAAGAAACCAGACGGUAUCAAUGGCGUUUCCGGCGUCUAUUGCGUCGCCUUCGUCUUCAAUCCCCAAAUUUCCGAUUAAUGUCUUUGAACAGAAACCAUGCCAACCCAGAAGUUGCUUUCUUUUACAUCUCCGUCGCCGACCCUUCUCCUCAAGCUGCAUAAAAGCAGUGUCCUCCAUGGCACAAUUUGGCGAACCCAAUAAAGAAAACAAGCAGAAGCAGAAAAUUGAAGUCAGUGUUGUGAAGGAUAAGCUGUGGGAAGCCAUACCCGUCCCAGUGAAAGAGCUUCCAUGGAAGAAAGCAGCAGAUACAGCUUUGGAGCAGCUGCUUCUUCUUGGGUACAAGGCACUCAAAUGGUCCUUUAUCAGCUUUGGUGUCCUUAGUUUUUUAUCAGAUAUCAUAUUUUCUAUCUCCAGUAACUAUGAAUUGAUCAUGCCCUUUGGUCUCUUUGUUGGGUGCUUCUUGACUGAUGUCUUGAAAGAGGGGUUGCAGCAAGUGCUUCCAAGCUCAGAGGAGAGUGGACUUGAAAAGCACUUUUUAGGCAUCGGCUGCUUUCUUGCUGCUGUUAAGUUUGUCUCUGCCGGCCUACCAAUGCAAGCCCGAGUUUUUGUUCUGCAUGUUGCGAAUGGCGGGUUCAUGCAGGUCUUGUGGCUCUGGAGAGGUUUAUUGAACAAAAGAGAUGAAGAUGCUUCCUUGCCCAUGGACGUGAAAUCUUAAUUUUCUGCAGAGGGCUUUUCUUUUUAGUUCUUUUGGGGAGGAAGAUGGGGAUGAGUUUUUUGGAAUCAUUGUAAUAUUAACUAUAUAUAUAUAUAUAUAUAUAUGCAAUUCAUUCUGUUGCUUGGAGAAUCAACUAAUCGAACUUCCAUAUA